AUCGACGUAUAUAUCAUUUACUCCAACGCCGCGUAGUUUGAGACGGACAAGUAGAAAUGUGGAGAAGAGUGAUCGGUAAUGUCGCCGUCGGGCGUCAGUUUCAGCGAGCGCUAUCCAGUAAAGCCGGUGGAAGUGGAAAGACCGGCGACGUUUCGGCUGCCGUCGAUUCGAUGCUUCUGCGUUCCCUCAAGGAGCAUUACCUAGAAGUCUCCAAGAUGACCCCUCCUCCGAAAGUGAGUCCUCCUUCGCCAUUUGAGAUUGUGAAAGGGUCGCUUGAGGGAACUGGGGCUGUUUUGAAGAAAUCUGUUGGAAAUGAAGAAAUCAGUCUUUUCGUGAUGCGGUUGGCUCACGGAGGUGAUGAAGAAGACGAUGAUGGGAUCAACCAGUUGUUCCUCCAUGUUGCUGUGUCGAAGCAAAAUCAGGCUGAUUCUCUGCAUUUCCUUUGCGGACUUUACCCAGAUGCAUUGGGUAUUCACUCUGUUUCCAUGAGGCCAAAACUCGAGGCUUUGGAGAUGUCUGAUGAUUCUAGUCGAUACACUGGCCCUUCUUUUGAAGAGCUCGAUGAGAAGAUGAGAGAUGUAUUCCAUGGCUUCCUAGAGGAACGGGGUGUGAACGAGAGUCUCUUCCCUUUUCUUCAGGCAUGGCUUUAUGUAAAGGAUCACCGUAACUUGCUGCGAUGGUUCAAAUCAGUUGGCACCUUUGUUCAUGAAAACCCAUCUGCAGAAAACGCCUAGGGCUCAAUCGGAAACUACAUAUCUUUUCAGUCUCUUGGUAGCCUUUCUCUGUACCGCUCUUAAAUGAUACAGCUCAAAAUGUCUUAGGAAAUGAAUCACUUUUGCUUCUUUCAGAAACAUAUGCAUCAACCUGUGAUGCGAGAAGUUAAGAAAAUACCACUUUUAUUGACUGUGUGAGCUCUCUUUCGAAAGGCAACGCGAUGACACCUUAUUAUACUUAGCCUGAGAUUUUUAAAA